GUCAUCAUCAGUACUCCCAUCUUAGCAUCUAAGAAAGCAAAGAAACAAAAAGUAAAUGAAGUUGAAGUCAAAUCCAAGGGUGAAAAACCACAAGAUAUGAAAAAUUUUGAGACAUUGGUUGGCCUCAUGCUGAGUACAUCAAGAGCACACCCUAUAAACUUCCCAGAUGAUGUUUUUGGUGAGAGUUGCAAGACCUUCAUGAUGAAAGAAGAUAUGGAAAUGAUAAUAUCAUUAAAAGAAGUGUCAUCCAAUUGUAUUUUAUACUACAUCUGGCAUUUGCAUAGAAAGUUGAUUGAUGCAAAGCAGGCCGAACGAUAUGUUUUUGUCAAUCCGGCAUUGGUCUCAAAAGCUGGAAUGGGAGAGGGAAGCAAGGAAAACAGGUCAAGGGUUAUUGCAGAUCGACUAAAGAAUACAAAGCAUGCUGAAUAUAUGCUUAUUCCAUACAACCCAGAUUUCCAUUGGGUGUUAGUGGCAUUGGAGAUGAAGAAAAUGAUUGCAUAUUACCUUGAUCCAAUGGGCUAUCAACCAUGUGAUGAUCUUAAGGACAUAGUUAACAUGGCAAUGAGAAUCAACCCACCGGAAAAACAGAAAACAUCAAAGAGGGAGCCAACUUGGGUGAAAGUGGUUUGCCCAAGACAACCAGGUAGUGUGGAAUGUGGGUAUUAUGUGAUGAGAUAUAUGAAGGAAAUCAUUGCUAAUCCAAACCAACUAACAUCAAAGUUUUGCGGGAAGAAAUCAUAUAGUGAAAUGGAAAUUAAUGAAGUUCGAUCAGAUUGGGUUAUGUUAGUGACUCAGUUAAUCAUUACUCAUGUUUGAAGGUACCUCUUAUAACUUAUAGUCUAAUACAACUUCAUAUUCUUUUAAAGAUGUAGUCAAUAUUUUGUUAAUGUUAAUUUUAUAAUGGAUUUAUU